UUUUUCUACUGUAUAUAUGGCCGCCAUUACACACAGUGAAAAACGUGUCCCUGUGAAAAACUCGUGUCGUUGCACAAUAAAAUAAAGAAUUUUUACGCAAAAUUCAUAGAAAAUUUAAAGAAAUUUGUGAAAAUCAUUGCAAUUGAAUGUUUUGCAUAUAAUUUUAUUAUAAAAUAAUGAAAUAAAAAGUGAAUUAAAUGGAAAAUUGAAUGUGAAAAAAGUAGAAGAAAAAAAAAACGAAUGAAAUCGUGAAAUAAAUAAUAACUCUCUCGCUCUGGCAUUAAGCCUGACAGGGGAAGAAUAGAAAGAGUAGAAAAUAUAGUGAAGUUUUGUGCUAAGAAGAAGCAUUUUAGAUAAUAGCGUGGCAAGUUGUCAUUAAUAGAAAAGAAACAAAGUGAAUUCGCCUUUAAAUCUGAAAAGAAUAAAUUACCCUGCUCGGAAAAAUGUUAUUCUAAAAGAAAACAAACGCAUUAAGAAAUAAAUAAAAAAAGAGCAAACAUACAUAAAUAAAAAGAAUAAAUUUUGUUUGAAAAUAUAAAGAAAAAAAGCAAAUAAAAUUACAAAAAUCAAUUGUGUAAAAGAAAAGAAAUAAAAAUAAAAUAUUGCAAUUUAACAAAAGGAAAUAAAAGUAAAUCGGUAUCAUGUUUUCAACAAAAAAUGCAGUUUAAUGUUGCAAAUAUUCAACUGCCAUUGCUGCUGCUGCCGUUGUUGCUGUUGUUCUCAGUUUGAAACGAAAAUAUGAAAUGUAUACAAAUGCUGUUGUUUAUGAUUGUAAUUAUGCAAAUUUAUUUAAGUUUUUCGAUUUCAAUUUGAAAAAUGUCGUCGUCUCAUAGCCCACACGAUUUGUUAUUGUUGCUUCCAUUGCAAAAAAGUAGUAGUUGUAAUUGUCAAUACAAAUUAAUAAAUAAAAAUAAUAAUUAUUAUUAUAACAACAAUAAUAAUAACAACAAUAACGUUAUUUAUAAUAAUUACAACAACAUUAACAACAAGAAGCCAGAGAAUAUAUUGUUGUGGGUCCUGGUGGUACCACUGCUGAUCUCUACAACACCAACAACAUCUACAAAACAAAAUUCAUCGCAAACAGGCCAAGAUCCUGCAAAGCAAAUACAAAUUCAAACUUCAACGACAACUGUAAACACAGUAAAUACAACUACGACGACGAGGAGUAUAGACGUCCAACAAUUAAAGAGCAUAGAGCUCUUAUUAAGAACCUUAACGGGUUCAUUAUUAAUACAACAGAUUAUUUUGAAAAAUCUUAUUAAUAAACUUCAAAUACUACUACUGCUGCUACUCCACAGCGCCGUACACUUAAGCCUUUUCAAGGAUUUAUACUGUCUGCGUAAAGUGGGUUUAGUGUUAGAUCAAACUUCUAAUACACGGUGGUGGUGUAGUUUUCCCAUCUCCCCCCAUAAAUUCACAUCUAACGCCACAACAACAAUACUAAAGAAAAGCAGCAGUGCUGCUCACUUUGUAAACCAACCAGAGGAGGCUUUUAAAUUUAGAUUGUUGUCCAUAACAAAAGAGGAAACAACCUUAACUCCCAACAAAUUGUCCAUAAAAGGCUUUUGUCAUCCAUCCACAACACUGCAUUGUCAUCUCCAAUAUUUAAGGAUUUUGUUACAAGGAUAAACCCUCUAAUUGCUAUUACUCCUUAAAUCCAGUAUCCAGUAUCAUCUCUAAUACAACAAAACAAAAAAGUUAUCAUUUAGUUCCCGUAUACUAUACAUUUUUGUUUAUAUACUGAAAUAAAAAGCCAAAUUUAGUUUGUAAAGUAUAAAUAAAAAAAGGAAAUAACUGCAGCAUCAUGUCGAAACUAUCAUUUAGGGCACGUGCCCUUGAUCCCUCCAAACAAAUGCCAAUUUAUUUGGCUGAGGAGUUGCCCGAUUUGCCUGAGUAUUCGGCCAUCAAUCGAGCUGUACCACAGAUGCCCAGUGGUAUGGAAAAAGAGGAAGAGUCGGAGCAUCAUUUGCAAAGAGCAAUAUGUACGGGUCUUAUUAUACCAACGCCAGAAGUCUAUACCACCGAACAAGAUUUCUAUGAUAGAAAUUAUCCACCCAAUUAUCGUAUGCCGCGACAAUUGAUACAUAUGCAACCGCUUGGUUUAGAACAAGAUGUACCCGAAUAUGAUAUGGAUAGUGAAGAUGAGUUGUGGAUAAAUCAACAACGAAAACGUCUCGAUCUAACACCAUUAAAAUUCGAACAAAUGAUGGACCGUUUAGAGAAGAGUUCGGGCCAGACAGUGGUUACACUAAAUGAGGCAAAAGCGCUGCUCAAACAGGACGAUGAGAUCAGCAUAGCCGUGUACGACUACUGGCUGAACAAACGUCUGAAAAUGCAACAUCCAUUGAUAUUGUCCGUUAAAACCGAGAAUCGACCGGGAGCCUCAUCAAAUAAUCCGUACUUAGCUUUUCGUAGACGCACCGAAAAAAUGCAAACGCGAAAGAAUCGUAAAAAUGAUGAGACUUCCUAUGAGAAGAUGCUCAAGUUGAGGCGAGAUUUACAGAGAGCCACAACGGUUUUAGAGAUGGUUAAGAGACGUGAAAAAACUAAGCGUGAACAACUGCAUUUGUCCAUAGAAAUCUUUGAGAAGCGUGUGCAACUUAAAGACUUUAGCGGAGCUUUACUUUCAGAGCUCAGUGCAACACUUAAAAAUGCUAGACCUGCCUUUGCUCCAUUGUAUGCUAAUCAAUACUCGCAUCAUUCAUCCUCUUCGGGGGCUACCCCCACUGCUGUGGUACCAAGUGUGGCAUCCUCGGCAGGCGGUUUAAAUAAUGUAAUGGGUACGACAAAUUUACUUACACCAGGUUCCGCAGGUAAUGUAACAACUCCAGGUGGUCAUUUGUAUUCAUCAGCAUCGCCGUUCCUGAAUUCAGCGAAUCUUGCUAUGGCAGAUGGAAUAAACUCGGGUAGUCGCAAAGAGAAACGACAGUAUAAGAAACGCAAGCAUAAAGUACCGCGUGAUAAGCAACAGCUGCAUCAACAGCAACAACAACAACAACACUUACAACAGCAACAACAGUAUUUAGCGGGCAUUGGUGUUAUACCAACGUCCGCAGCAACGGGAGCUGCUUUAGGUGGUAAUGUUGCUGGUGGUGUUGGUGGUCUGACUGGUACCGCUGCGCAUCCCCAUCUGCCACAUCAUUUGCAUCACCUGCAUCGUCAAAGUUCAUCGCCAGCGCCAAAUGAAUCAAAUAUUGAGACCGAAGAAGAAGAUUUAGCGCACAAAAUCGGUUCGGAGAGUGAGGAAGAGGCUCCAUUUGCAUUUAGAAGAAAACAAGGCUGCGAUUAUUUGAGGACGAGAACCCAUACCGGCAAUUGGCCCUGGGAACCUAAGGAGGAUUAUGGCUUUGGUGACUCUAAAUAUCGUUACACACUCACUUCUAUUAGGCAUCCAAGACCACGUUGUAUUGGCUUUGCUCGAAGACGUAUGGGUCGUGGUGGACGUGUACUGCUCGAUCGUGUGGCAACGAAUUUUGAUGAUUUCUGGUCACAACUCGACUACACAGUUCUAGAGACGAAAACAAGCGAUCCAACAACCACCACCUCAGAUGCAACAACGACUAAUAAAGAUACAACUAAACCCGCCUCACCACCCACUGUCGUUGAUUUACUGCCGCCAGCAAAUAGUGCAGCCAAUCAUAUUGCUGGAACACUGGCAGUGUCAACGACCAACAAAACAUCUGUAAAUAAUGCAAAUACACCCGCCAUAACAAUUAAGAAAGAAACCUCUGAAGUCAUAGACCAUCAUCGUAAUCAUAACAAGGCAGUGGACGCAGAAGAACUGCUGAACAAAGAAAAACUUGAAGAUUCGGAUGACCUGGAAGAAUGUGAUUAUGAAUACUCAGAGGAUGAAAAUGAUUUGGAAGACGAAUUUGGUGUACACAUACAACGUGAUAGAAGUUAUCACUCGUGUGUCUCCAUGGCAAGAAAACGUCGACGCCGAAGAAGACAACAACUACAGCAAAUGGAGAAGACAAAACGCCGUAAAAUCAAUUCAACCAUACAACAGAAAAAUAUGGAAUUGGUUACUCGCAAAUUGUUGUACAAGUUGUCACAAUCCUUGGCCGGAGCAGAGGGUGUUAGUCCAAAUGAACGUGUAAAUAAUUUGUUAAACCAUACAGCUGUCGCCCUCAGCACAGAAAUAAAACAAGAAAAGGUUAAUGGUUUAAAUAAAGAAGAUCAAUGUUUGAUCAACGCCCCUAGCAAUUGGCCAAAUCAUCGUUGUUCUUCUACUGUCGCCACAGCAGAUAACAAUAAACUGAUUAACAAUAACAAUUCCUCAUACGUCUCUUCAUUUUCCUCCUCAACGGCGGCGACGAUGGCAUCAGCGUGUGCGAAUGUUAUUGUGGGCAACAUUAACAACAAUAAUAUUAGUAGUAAUGUUAAUAAGAACAUUAGUAAUGGUAGUAGAAGUAGUAGUUGUAGUUUAAGUGACAAAACUAAUGUGAUAAAAACCGAAGUUCAUGAUGUAGAUAACGAUGAAACAACAAACAUCAACCGGCCGUCUUCUGCGGCUACUGGAGCUGGAGCAGACUCGGUGACUAGGAUUAUAAAGCAAGAACUAAUAGAUUCUUCAGCAGCCUCCCUGGGUUCGGCAGACGAUUCGAAUGAGCCUUUGAGUAGUAUACAGAAAUUAAGCACUACUACGGCAGCCGAUAUAAUGGAGGAUGAAGAGAAUGUUAAUUUGGCUGAAUUAAGUAAUCUUAUAAAGAUUAAGAAAGAGGUGGUCGACGAGGCAGACAGGGAGCUAAUGAGAAAAAGUAGUCGACACCUGCAAACAUCGUCUAGACCAGGUAGUGAUGAUGAUGAUGAGGUAUCUUGCUUUAAUCAAAUGGCCGACGUUAUUAGAGUGAAAAACUUGAAGAAGCAUAGAUCGACACCCUGUUCUAAUAGUGAGGCACUGAAGGGAGUUAAUGUUUUGAUCGCAGACAACGAUGAUGAAUUGUCUAUGCUGGGCGGUCUAUCACCUACUUCAUCACAACGUUUGGAUAUUUGCAAUGAACUUUUGUCGGAAAUACGACGAGAUUGGUUGCACUUUCGUCCUAAAACUCCCACAGAAACCGAAAAGGAGGAGGAGAGCUAUUGGGGCUUAAAUAUGGAUUACAAGCUAAGCUCUCCUCUAGUAGAAUGGUCACAACACACUCCUAUAGCUGUAGAAAUGGUUAGAGAACCAUUAGAGAAUGAGGAUGAAAUCCACAAGUCUUCGGCGUCCCGGUUGUGGAAAACGGAUUCGGAUGAUGCCAAUUCAGCAUUUAUUAGUUCAGCCUUUAAGUAUGAUGAUUUAGAAGCCGAUACCCAAUUGUUACAAAACUCCUAUUUGUCCGACUUGACGCGGGGCAGUAGUAAAAGUCCGGAAACAAAUAAUAGUGCGGCUUGUUUGGAUCUGAAUUUCAGCGGUGAUUCAUUGAAUGAUAUUAAUCUUCUUGGUGAUGGUGAUGAUGCGGAUAUGUUGGACAAUAUCUUGCAAGAAGUACAAAUCGAUGAUAUUAAGACUCUAAAUCAGGCCACCAACUUUUGGAAUGGAAUUUUGGACGGUGAGAAUGUAGACGCCGAAGUAGAUGGCGAUGUUGAAGUGGCAGCGGGGCUGCUCGACGGCAUCGAUGACACGAAAAAAGGCGAUAGAUCUAUGGGUGAAAAGAAGGUAGCCAAAUUAAAAGGUGGCAAGAAAUCUUGUGCUCUUUUAGCUCCCGUAGGUAGUUCCACAUUCAAUUGUUCUCCCUUAGAAAAAGAAAAUGUUACCGAUGAAACGUUCUUUAAGAAAGAAGAACCCAAAAAAGAGCCCGAAGAAGUUGAGCCUGAAGUAGCUAUAAAAUCUGAACCCAUGGAGGUAACAGAAACAAAAACCAAUGUUGCUAUAGGUGUUGUUAAUAAUCCACGUGUAACAAAUGUGCAACAACCGCAGUUGGCGCCAUUGGCACCGCUGAUAAUGACUUCGUCCGUUAAUACAGUUAAUUUGAAUUCGCAUCGUGAAUUAAUGCAGGUGGAUCAACAACAGCAACAACACAACGCCACUACCACCAAUACACCAAUGAUUAUUACACAAACAAUGCAACAGCAGCAACAACAUGUACAUCAACCUCAAAUCCAACAACAACAGCAGCAUCAACAACAACAACAACAUUUAAUUGCUCAUUCCACACCAGUACAAGUAAUUGGUAAUACGAUUUCAUUGAAUCAAAAUGAAUCUUUGGUUGUACAGCAAAAUCAACAACAACAACAACAACAGCAACAUCAUCAGCUGCAAACAACAACGACAACAAAUCAUCCUGCUGCUGUUUCACAUGCCGCGCAACCACAACAACCGCAGCAACAAUUAACCACAAUCCAAGUGUUGCAACAACAACCAAACACCCAACAAAUACGAAAUGUAACCGUACAACAACUCCAUCAAUUGCAGCUGCAACAGCAACAACAGCGUAAAUUGCAACUACAACAGCAACAACAAAAACUGCUCUUGCAAAGAGAUCUGGUCAAUACAUCCGCCGCCCCAGUUAUAGCCCAAUACGUCCCAACAUCAUCAGCUACCACAGCAGCAACAAUAAUGCGCCAUCCCACACUAACCCCCAUCGGUGCAUCAUCUGUCAAUAACGCUGGUGGACAAAUGAUUUAUACAACAUCAUCUGGCGAUGUUAUUACAGCCGGUUCACAAAAGAUCUACCUACAAAAAGCUCCCGUAUCCGUUACUUCAGGCACUCAGGGUGUUAAUAUCAUUAAUACAAGUAGUGGUCAACAAUUAACAGUACAAAAUAUUGCCGGUGUUCAACACAUAAGUUCGGCAACGGGUGGCAAUGGUUCGACAUCGACGGGUCCCUUAAUCGUUACGACAUCAGCUCGCAAUGCCGUUCAGCAGCUGUCGCAACAACAACAGCAACAACUGGUCGGUCAGGCGACACAACAAAUUGUUUGGCGUCAAAUAGGUUCGACAAAUGUAACGACCAAUCCUGCCGGUAUGUUGACGGGCACCGCAAAUACUGAUGGUACGGUUGCGGGAACUGGCAAUAAAAUAGUCUGGACAAGUCGUCCGGCUCAGAAGAGGCAGCUAAAUGGUCCCGAGAGCACAGACAUCAACAAGUUGCUAUUAAAUCGUAAAUUUUCACAACGAAAAAUUGUACAACAACAACCGCAAUUGUUGCAACAGCAACAACAAACACAAGAUGAUGAUUUGUCCGGUGUUAAUGUAACAAUAAGUGGCCAGGACACAACAACAACAACGGCUGUAACUUAUAACACACAACAUCAACAGCACCACCAACAGCAGCAACAACAACAGCAAAUACAAAAAUUACCUGGUGGAAAAGUUAUUAAAAUGCCCUCCUUUCCUCUACUAGUCUCAGAAGUAAAUCUACAGCAACAUCAACAACAGCAGCAACAACAACAGCAGCUGCAGCAAAAGCAUAAUACAGCUGCUGCCAUAGCAGCUAAUCAUAAUUACAGUUUACAACCAACGGCGGCCAUAAUAACAUCGCAAGCCUCACAACAGGGCAAUAAAAUAUAUUUAACCACAAGUUCUAGUGGAGGAGCUGCGACAAAUUUUACAAUUACAAAUGCUUCAGAAUUGCAGACGGCAGCACAAAAGCUCCAACAAACAAAUAACUCAAAUUUGAAAUUAAAUUUUGUUGCCACAAAUCCUCAACAACAGCAGCAACUGCAACAGCAGGCACAACAACAACAGACAGUGGUAUUAAAUAAAGCCAACAUGCAGCAACAACAACAACUAUUGCCACAACAAUUGUUACAGCAAACGGGUAAAUUGAAGAGAGAGCGAAUAUUAAAUAUUAUUGGGGCCGCACAAGUGGAUAACAAUACAAACAGUGCAACCGGGUUGGGCACAGUGACUGCCACUUCGGUGGGAUCCAAUACGGGUGAUAACAACAAAAGGGUAUUGUAUACCAGCUUGUUGAAUGUAAAACCCUUGCAGAAGAAUAACGCUGGCCAAAUGCAGGUACAAAUUGGUCCUCAAGGUAUGACACAUGCUGUUUUACGUAGUCGCAUUGCCAACAAUCAAGCCAUAUUCGCCAAUAUGCGAACAGUGCCUGUAGCUACCGUCUCAGCGGCAAGUAAUAACAGCCACAAUAAUACAACAUCCGCGGGAGCUGGAACCACCACAUUGCAAGUUGUCUCACAGUCCACGCAACUCAAUGCAAAUCAAAUCACCUCCACCACUAGCAACCCCCUGGGAGCCACGCUAAAUGCUUUAAGUAAUAAUAAUAAUAACAGCGAUGGUUCUAUGCAUAUGCAGCAGCAGCAGCACUCAUCUUCAUCCCUGGGAGGGGACAUCAACUCAUCAACCACCUCUCUAACAAACAUUAGUCAUUCUGUGAGCGAUCUUAAAUCCGCCAACAAUGUUUUAAAUAUGGAUAAUGCUUCUACAGUCGUUAGCAGUUUAAAUAAUGCAAAUAGUACAGCAACGGUAAAUAGUAGCUCUUCAGCAAAUGGUUCUUCCGCCAACAACACAACGACUUUAAUGGCCAAUACAAAUAAUAUACAAAACACAAACAACAACAACAACAAUAGCAACACCACGACAAUCAAUAGGUGAGACGAGGCAAGAUAACUACCAUUUAGGGUCUUCAAAACAAUGGAUAUUCAA